CGAUACCCGACCGCCAUCCGAUACAUCAGCCCUCGAUAUCCUCCAAAAAUCUCUUGGCUUUCAUGGUCCAAGACAGCGAUGGCCCUCCCAGACCUUGGGAUCGACAAAGGAAAAUAUGGAUGGCUGCGAGGACAUAAUCGAAGAUGAUUAUGAUUCGUUUGACGAACUGUUCACUCAGCACUUUACAGAUGAAAAUUUGUCAAAGCUCACACCAUCUGCUCCUCAGAAAAAGCCCCGUUCUAACGGGCCAGCACCCACAGCAAGCAGUCAGCAGAAGGCUAUAAACGCGACCAGACGCUUCGUCCUGCCACCGGAAAACAAAUUCACUACCCCCCAAGCUUCAAAGGAAGACAAGCUGCCAUGGGCAGAAAAAUAUGCUCCUAUCAAUUUAGAGGAAUUGGCGGUUCAUAAACGAAAGGUGUGUGAUGUUGAGCGAUGGCUAAAUGAUGCCCUUGCGGGAAGCAACCGAAGAAAAUUGCUCAUUCUUAGAGGUCCCGCUGGGUGUGGAAAAUCGACUACAAUAUCGUUACUAUCGCACUCGCUUCAAUUCGACAUCUUGGAGUGGAAAACGCCUUUAAUUCCGGAAUUUACUGCAAAAGGAUACGUCUCUCUUGCCGUCCAAUUCGAUGAAUUUCUUAGUCGGGGCAAUGGUUUCGGAAGUCUUGAUUUGGAUGGUGAUAACGAAUCGCGGAACAUCAUUCAAACUAAAGCCCGCACUUCUCAACGACGUAUCAUUCUUGUUGAAGAAUUCCCGACGUGGUCAGGGCGAAAUGCCUCUAGUUUGGCUGCAUUCAGGCUAUCUCUGUUACGCUACAUUUCUAUGUCUACGCCUUCAACGCCAAAGAAUGCUCAUGCUAACGCCGGUCAGCCAGCUGCAUCGCCGAUUGUUAUGAUUGUUUCGGAGACAUUUUCGGGCUCGGCCCCCUUGGACAAUCUAACAGUCUACCGACUAGUUGGUCACGAAAUUUAUAAUCACCCUAGCACAACCAUUAUUGACUUUAAUAGCAUCGCACCGUCGUUCAUGUACAAGGCUCUAAGCCUGGUUCUGGAGAAGAAUGCUGGCUGCUCUAAGCGUAAACAAGCUGCCGUGCCUUCAUUAUUGGAAGGCAUUUCUAAAAUAGGAGACAUCCGGAAUGCAAUUGCUUCCUUGGAAUUUAUUUGUCUUGAUAAUGACACCCAAUCCUCUCGGAGUAAGGGUGCCAACAAGUCUAUGAGAUCAUCUAGGACACGGAAGAUUCUCACACCUUCAGAGAGGGAGACAUUAAAGGCAAUAACGCAAAGGGAGGCAAAUUUAGGGCUAUUUCAUGCUGUCGGCAAAAUUGUUUACAACAAGCGGGAUAGCUCCGUCGCUGAUGCCGAAAUUUUGCGAUUACCCCCACCUCCAAAUCAUCUAGCUCGUUUUAAUCGACCAGAGGCCUCUCAAGUCUCUGUCAAUGAACUUGUGGAUGAAACAGGCACCGAUUCUCAGUCUUUCAUAAGCGCUUUACACGAGAACUAUGUACCAUCCUGCUAUGGGCCCUCAUUUACUGACUGUCUAGAUGAAUGCAUAAUGGCAUUGUCAGACAGCGAUUUGCUGUGUGCCGAUCAGAAGGGCCAUGGUAGGUUUCGAGCAGGACUGGGAACCGGCAUCAUCAAACCUGGUGCAUCCAUCGACUUGCUAAGACAGAAUGAUAUCAGUUACCAAGUUGCCGCACGCGGUCUGCUAUUUGCUCUUCCUUCUCCGGUGAAAAGGCAGAUGUCAUUUGGUGACCAUCCCAAGCGUAUGAGUGACUCCCACAAAAUGUUUUCUCCUCCCACGUUCCGACUUCUACAACAGGUCGAGGAAAUCCAAAGCUAUAUAGAUAUGUGGACCUGCACUUUCCUUGAUCCUUCAAGAAGACCAGAUCUCAGCCGCCUCACGUCCCGGAAAACUCCACAUAUAAACAAGGAGAGUGAUCAGGCCUCUUCGGAUGUAAAGCAACCCCCCGGUAUUACAAUGAUAUCGCGCAAGGAUAUAUUACUUUAUCAACUACCAUAUAUGGCUAUGCUCUUGGGCGAUGAAGCCGAAUCAAUGCAGGUUAGGAGAAUUACUAGCUUUUCUGGUAUUGAGACACGUACGCACGGCAAAGUUCUGCAGGAAGACGAAAGGUCUAUGUUGGAAUCAUCUUGCAGCGAUCAAGGGCCAUUGGCAAGAGUUAGAGGUGCCAAACGUCAAAGGAUUGCCAAUAUUGCUGAAGCCAGGAUGUCUUCGAUUGGACAGGAAGAUGAUGGGAAGCUUUUUUUGAGUGAGGAUGAUAUUGUAGAUGAUUUUUGAAGUUUCAAUAGUCCCAAGUAUUUUUGUAUUGUUUUGAAUAGCCCGAGCAAGUAAAACCAGGUACCAUCCCACUCUGCGCAAUAUUUUGCUCUUAAUGAUCAAUAGAGAUCCGAACAAAGGCUUAUCAAUAAUAAC